AUGGUAAGUGCCAAAACCCUGAAUCAAGUUGAAUUCAUUCUUCGUAAAACUAGGAAUUCAGAAAAGAUUUUUGGGGGCAUUCAAGUAGUGUUAUGUGGAGAUUUUUACCAGCUACCACCUGUAGCAAAUGAGCUGUAUGGGGACCAAGGGAAACAUUGUUUUAAUGCUGUAUAUUUUGACAAAACUUUUCCUCAUAGAGUCAACUUACACACUGUCUACAGACAGACUGAACAGGACCUAAUAUCUGCUGUAAAUGAACUUGCACAGGGAAGUGUGUCUGAUGCUACAAAAGCCAUAAUACUGUCCUUGAACCGGCCUUUACCUGCCCAAAUUGAUGUCCAGGAUAUUGUUUAUUUAUUUUGCAGAAAUGUGGAUGCAGAUAUUCAUAAUUACAAAGUUAUUACAGACAUACCUGGGGAUUUAGUUACGUUUACAUCUGAAGACACUGGUGAUAAUCAUUACUUAUCUAAAAUGUUAGCAUCAAAACAUUUGGGUGUUAAGGUUGGUGUUAAAGUUAUUUUACUAACCAACCUAUCAGAUGACCUUGUUAAUGGAAAAAUGGGGAUAGUUCAACGCAUUGAAGGUGAUUUAAUUUAUGCGACUUUUACUAUCAAUGGUAAAGACAGUAUUUACCCCAUCAGAAAAUUCACUUUUACUACUUACGACCCUGUAACUAGAAGUAUACUUAGCAAACGAGUGCAAUUUCCUCUAAAACCCUCUUAUGGACUGACCAUCCAUAAAUCACAAGGAAUGUCAUUAAAGUAUGUUGUUGUAGACUGCCAAAAUUGUUUCAUACCUGGACAAAUUGGAGUAGCUGUAGGGAGGGCAACAUCAGUUGAGGGACUGAAAAUCCUUAAUUUCAAAUCUUCACAUGUCAUUCAACAUCACCAGAGUGUGUAUGCCUACUACAAGACCUGUAAUGUUGGAAAUUUAAUUCCCAAUAAAUCAUGUUGUCAGGGGCAUACAUAUAAUGAAGAUCAAGACAGAGAUGACAGAGAAGACUUAGUAGGGGAAGAUAUUGGUGACGAUGAUGAUGACGAUGAUGAUGAUGAUGAUCCAUCUACUGUUAAUACUAGAACAGAAGGUGAUACUGGACAAGUGGAGUCUGAUUCAGAUUUUUCAGAUUUUCCAUAUUGA